UACUCCUUUCUCCAGACACUUCCAAUCUGUAAUGUCCUGAGUCUUAUGACCUUGCCUUUUGAUUCUUUUCGCCAUGUUCUCGUAACAGAAUGACUAAGACCUGCUACAUUGCGGUGGUAGCCUUAUGCUUGGCUCUUUUCACAGGACUAUGCCGCCUCACUGUCCUAGAAUGUGUAAAUGAAGCACCAAAAUGUACCAAUUAUUCUGGAGCGUUAGCCUACAACGUUCUUGCUCCAGAAGAUGUGACUGUCCAAACGGGAGAAAACGCUACCUUCACUGCCAAAUCGAGAUGUCGCCUUAUUAUGGUGUUUGUUAAUGGAUGUCCAGUCUCAGUGGACUCUGUGAGGCUAUCAACUCAUGGCGAUGUCCACACCCUGACCUACACUGUUAUCAAUGCCAGUCUUAAUGACAGUGGGAACUCGAUUGAUUUUAUGAUGUUUUGUGGCGGUCUUUCCUGCUAUCAUACAGUCUACUUAACGGUCCUUGACCCUCCGAUUGAGCCAGCCGACAUCAUAGUGAUUACAACCUGCUCUGGUUUUAAUAUUUCCUUUAUCAGUUCUGAUGCUACUGUAGUUACUCUUACCUCUAGCAAUGGGACUAUGAUAUACAAUGGAACAGUAGAGCCUUCAGUUAACUUCAUAGAAAUCAAUAAUUAUGUCAUGAAUAAUGAGGUGUAUGGAUUAAGACUACAGAGCUACAAUGAAGCCGGGCAGAGCCAGUAUGUUGUUGAAAAUAUUACUACUGACAGUAGCAUUAUAAAUUUUGAAAUAUCAAACGUUUCAAUUGAGUAUGUUAGUGAUGUGCCAGAGGCAACUGUCACGUUAAAUGUCAACAAUGACUGUAUGUUGUCAAUCCCGUGUACUGUAGACGUUAAAUGUGGUUGUUUACGUAGCCCAAGUGUCAAUAUAAUCCUAAACAGGAUGUUCCAAGUUUCACUGGAUUUAGUCAACUAUAAAAAAAUCUGUGACUUGACUGUAGAGGCAGGAACAUUGCAGGUCAAUAAGUCAAUAAACACUACAGCUGUUAUAAGCUUCACAGUGAAUUCCACUGUCACACAUGAUGGCUACUUUUAUAUAAAUGCUACACUUCAGAAAGGAGUGGCUGGGAUUAUGAUACAAGCACAAUACAUCAACGGAUCAGUCCUUUUCAAUCAGCCUAUUUUGAGGAACUCCUCUAGUGACUAUGCAGGAGCUAACAAUACGACACCACUGCCCAAUGGAACUUUUUAUUUAGCUAUUUAUAUGUUGAAGAGUGAUGGAGUAUCGUUUGAUUUGUCGCGACCUAUUAGGGAGAAUAUAGUGAUAACAUCACUAAUUAAUCCUGAUGGACCUGUUGGACCUAAAGAUAAGUUCCCAACUUGGGUCAUCAUCCUAAUAGUAUCAGUCACAGGGGUCGCUGCUCUAAUUUUUGUUGUAAUUCUGGUACCUGCAAUAUUAUGUUGGUGUCAUAACAGACGAAGAAGAGAGGAAAUAAAAAACCGACAACUCAAUGGAGGUGAAGUAGAUACACAGCCAGAAUUAGUCCAGGUUGAUGGAGGGCCUCAAGAAGAUAGACAGGCCCAAGGUUGUCAGCAGCCCCCAGAAGCUGAACCAUCUCAAGAAGAUGAGCAGCCCCCCAAAGACAAACAAUCUCAAGAAGAUGGACAACCUCAAAAAGAUAGACAACCUCAAGAAGAUGGAGAAGGCCCAACAGCCCAGGCAUACCCACAACCAGUCCAAGAAGAUCCACAGGUCAAAGGUCAAAAAUGCAUGAGUGGACAUGAGUCAAAUAAAUUUUUAAGCAUUUCUAAACAAUCGUAUCCGGUGUUGACUAAGCCAAGCCUUCCUCCACACUCACCAAGUGCUUUUGAACAGACCAAAACAUUUGAAAACCUCAGUUCUGAUGCACGAGUAUAUGAAUCAGCAAGUAUUAAUAUUACAAUACGUGAGGAUAAUUCAGUUUCUUAUUCUUCUACUGCUGGAUCCGAUCGUCCUCUAUUACCUGAACCUGCUCCUACGACCUCAUACCAAACUACAGCUGCAGAGGAAAAAAAGGUUAAUAAGCCUCAAAAAGUUAGAGCUGAUAGCGAACCUUUUGAAAUUGUACACAUAUAAAUGGAGACUGCAUGGAAAGGUGACAAAUGACUGAAUCAUUCAACAGAAAUUUGUAACUCCAUUAUUUAGAUAUCAAUUCCACUAAAAUUAUUAUACAUAUAUAUUAAAUCACAGGUUAAACAAGCAGCAAUUAUAAUUUUGUAUGAACUGGAUCUGUAAAAUUAUAUUAUCACUUUACUUUUGUGUGCUAAAUUUUGUAAUUCUUUUUUUCUAGUUUUUUUUUCAAAAAGUGACAUGUUAUUUUAGACGCCAAUCA